GCCUCGCGUUGGACGAGCGCUUAGGGUGCGCGGGGUGUCGUAGGGAUGGUUAAGGGAAAGCGCACUUGGCACCGGUUCCUCCUUUCAGGAUCGACCUAGCGGAUUCCGGGCAGAGACGUGUCGUCAGGGGGGGGGGAGCGAUGUGUCACAAAUAGCGGCGGAUGCACGUCUAGCAAUGCGAUGAGGCCCGUGCACUUUGCAGGACUUGCGCCGCACAGAGCCUGUUGCUGCUGACAAGCCGCGGCGAAGGAGGGAGAGGGCGCCGCCGUGGACACGAGCCUGGGUCUUUUCGCGGAGGAAAUCAUGCCGUUUGCCGUCUGGCUGCUGGGGCUGAUGUGUCAUGCGUCCGCAGUUGUGCACGGGGCUCUGCGGCACAGACUGCACCCGCAACAAGAGCGCUUCAUCGAGCAGCUGUCAUCUUACGAAAUCAUCACCCCGCUCCGAGUCAACGACUUCGGGGAGUCGUUCCCGCACGAGCUGCACUUCAGGAGGAGGCGGCGGAGUUUGAACGACGACCUGUCGGGCUUGCGGGUCCACUACAGGGUGGAUGCGUUCGGGGAACGCUUCCACCUCAACCUGAGCGCGGACUCCGUCUUCAUCGCCCCGUCCUACACCGUGACCCACUUGGGAGCGGAACCGAGCCGCGACGCGGAGAGCCACCGGCGCGAGCCCGGCGACAUGCGCCACUGCUUUUUCCGUGGACACGUCAACGCCAGGAGCGAGUACCCCGCGGUCUUCAGCCUGUGCACCGGCCUGAUUGGGACCUUUACAACGCAACACGGCGAAUACUUCCUGGAGCCGCUUUUAAACGCCGCGGGGGAGGAGUUCGACGAAGAGCACAACAAACCUCAUCUCGUCUAUCGGCACGAGAGGGCGGGGAACGCGUCGAGCAGCGACAACGCGAGCGACACCUGCGGGGCCUUAGCAGAUGGCUUCAAGAGUCCAGUCGCGUUCCCGACCAGGGGCGACAUGGGAGAGGAGAUGGACUCGCUCAGGGCGGUAAUAGACGACCGACGCCUCCAUGAAACCAACAGCACCCGGCCCCGGGCCCCGCGCCGACGCAAGCGCUUCCUCUCUUACCCGCGCUACGUGGAGCUGAUGGUGACGGCGGAUGCGAAAAUGGUGCGUCACCACGGGCGCAACCUGGAGCACUACAUCCUAACAAUCAUGUCAGUAGUUGCAGCCGUGUACAGGGACCCCAGCGUGGGGAACCUCAUCAACAUCAUGAUAGUCAAGCUGGUCAUCAUCCACAAUGAACAGGAAGGACCCUCGGUGAGUUUCAACGCUGCCACCACCCUCCACAACUUCUGCACGUGGCAGCAGAGCCAGAACGUGCAGGACGACGGGCACCCCUCGCACCACGACACCGCUCUCCUCAUCACGCGAGAAGACAUCUGCCGCGCGAAAGACAAGUGUGACACGUUAGGGUUAGCGGAGCUGGGCACCAUGUGCGACCCGUACCGGAGCUGCUCCAUCAGCGAGGAGAACGGCAUCAGCGCCUCCUUCACCAUCGCCCAUGAGCUGGGCCAUGUGUUCAACAUGCCUCAUGAUGACAGCCCCAAGUGCCGCGAGGCAGGACUGAAGCACCAGUAUCAUGUCAUGGCUCCCACUCUCAACUACGACACCAGUCCCUGGUCAUGGUCCAAGUGCAGUCGCAAGUACAUAACAGAGUUUCUAGACACCGGUUAUGGAGAGUGCCUCCUGGAUGAGCCUUUGGGCAGGACCUACGAAAUGCCCACUCUGCUCGCUGGUCAGCUCUACAACGCCAACAGGCAGUGUGAGCUGAUGUUUGGACCUGGUUCACAAAUCUGCCCCUACAUGAAACAGUGCAAGAGGCUGUGGUGCACCAGUGCGGAGGGGGACCAUAAAGGAUGUCGCACGCAGCACAUGCCUCUGGCUGACGGCACAGACUGUGGCCAUGGGAUGUAUUGCAGGCAUGGGAUGUGUGUAAACAAGGAGUUGGACCUGCAGCCGGUGCAUGGGGAGUGGGGUCCCUGGGGUCCUUACAGCGCCUGCUCCAGGUCCUGUGGUGGAGGCACGCGAAGCACCGCAAGAGACUGCAAUAAGCCUGAGCCCAGGAACGGUGGAAAGUUCUGUGUGGGUCGCAGGAUGAAGUUUCGCUCGUGCAACACUGAGCCGUGUCCACGUGGACGCAAAGACUUCCGUGAAGAGCAGUGCUCCCAGUUUGACGGCAAGCACUUCAACAUCAACGGCCUACCUCCCACCGUCCGCUGGGUCCCCAAGUACAGUGGCAUACUAAUGAAGGAUCGCUGUAGGCUCUUCUGCCGGGUUUCUGGCACCAUGGCCUACUAUCAGCUGAAGGACCGGGUCGUCGACGGCACGCUGUGUGGCCCAGACACUUACGACAUCUGCGUUCAAGGCCUUUGCAGGCAAGCCGGCUGCGACCAUGUACUCAACUCGAAGGCCAGGCACGACAAGUGUGGAGUGUGUGGUGGAGACAACUCGUCAUGCAAAACCCUGGCUGGGACCUUCAACGAUGCCCAGUAUGGUUAUAACACAGUGGUGCGUAUCCCAGCUGGAGCCACCAACAUUGACAUCAAGCAAGUCAGUUACUCCGGAAAGCCAGAAGACGACAACUACCUCGCACUAUCUGAUAGCCAGUCCAACUCCCUCCUAAAUGGGAAUUUUGUGGUGGCCAUGUUCAAAAGGGAAAUCACCUUCAAGGGAACUGUCAUUGAGUACAGUGGCUCAGACACAAAGGUGGAGCGGAUCAACUGCACCGACCGCAUCGAGGAGGAGCUCGUUCUGCAGGUUCUGUGUGUGGGAAACCUCUACAACCCAGAUGUCCGUUACUCCUUCAACAUACCAAUUGAGGAACACAGGGAGCAGUUUGUGUGGGAUCCCUCAGGGCCCUGGCUCGAGUGCAAUCGCAUUUGUCAGGGUGAGCGGAGGCGAAAGGUCGUGUGCGUGCGUAAGAGCGACCACCUGGAGGUGUCGGAGCAGCGCUGCGAGCGCCUUCCUCAUCCCGCCGCCCUCGCAGAGCCCUGCAACCCCGACUGUGAACUCAGGUGGCGCGUGGCCGGGAAGAGCGAGUGUUCCGCCAAGUGCGGGCCCGGCUUCCGCAGCCUGGACGUCCACUGUAUGAAGUACAGCCUGGUGAAGAGGCUCAGCGAGAGGAUGGAGGCCGGCGCCUGCGCGGACGCCUCGAAGCCUCAGACCAGGGAGCCGUGCCACGGGGACUGCCUGCUGAAGAACUGGCAGUACGGCGCCUGGUCGCAGUGCUCACAGACGUGCGGCCGCGGGAGCCGCAGCAGGGAGUCGUACUGCAUGAACAACCUGGGCAGGCGGCUGGUGGACGGCGAGUGCAACGAGCACCAGAGGACGCUCACCGAGGCCUGCAACGAGCAGCCGUGCCCGAAGUGGGCCGUCAGCGAGUGGAGCGAGUGCCUGGUGACCUGUGGGAAGGGGGUGAGGCACAGGCAGGUGUCCUGCAGGACUGGAGCUGGGGAGAAGCUGGGCGAGCACGUGUGCGACGCGCCCAGCAGACCCCCCGCUGUGGGGAGCUGCGAGCUGCCGCCGUGUGCCUCCUGGCAGGUCGGCGCCUGGGGAGCGUGCGCGGUGACCUGCGGCCACGGCUUCCAGAUGAGAGCCGUGCGCUGCGUGCUGGGGAGCUACGGCGCCGCCGUGGACGACAGGGACUGCAACGCUGCCGCCCGACCGCGGGACAGUCAGGACUGCGAGGUGCCGGCGUGCCCCUGGGCCUCCGCGGCUCGGAGCACGCCGCAGCCGGACGACGCGGCGGCGCAGCUGCAGGUUCAGUGGCGGUUCGGCUCCUGGACGGCGUGCUCCGUGUCCUGCGGCCGCGGGAAGCAGGCGCGCUACGUCAGCUGCAGGGACGCCCGCGGAGGCGUGGCCGACGACGCGUCCUGCGCCCACCUGGCCCGGCCGCCCGAGACCUCCGCCUGCUUCAGCCCCUGCGGCCAGUGGCGAGCGGGGGAGUGGUCCCCGUGCUCCGCGACGUGCGGCGUGGGCAGAGCUACCAGACAGGUGGUCUGCUCCAACUACCACCAGCCCGUGGACCAGGCCUUGUGCGACCCGGACGAGCGGCCGGGCGCGGAGCAGGAGUGCGCCGCCGCGCCCUGCUCCUCCGUCUACCAGCGGCAGCGCAUCAGCGACCAGCCCUACGGAUACCCCCAGGACCCCCGGCAUCACCCCGGCCACAGCAGCUGGAACGUGCCCUCUGCAGACAACCAGUGGAGGACCGGACCCUGGGGCUCGUGUUCCAGCACCUGCGCAGGAGGCUUUCAGAGGCGAGUGGUCGUUUGCCAGGACGCCGACGGGCGGAGCAACAGCUACUGCGACGAGAGAGUCAAACCUGCCGAGUCCAAGAGCUGUGACUCCGGGCCCUGCCCCAUGUGGAACUAUGGCGUCUGGGGAGAGUGCACCCAGACGUGCGGCGGCGGCAGGAGGACUCGCCUGGUGGUCUGCCAGAGGCCCAGCGGCCAGCGGAUGAGCGACUACAACUGUGACGUGCUGGACAAGCCGCCCGACGUGGAUCGGUGCAGCCCGCGGCCCUGCCCGGGCGCCGCCUCCUGGCGCCAGCGCCCGUGGAAGCCGUGCUCGGUGACGUGUGGCCGUGGAACCAAGCAGCGGGAGGUCGCCUGUGUUUACCAGAACCUGACCCGGGCGACGGAGGAGCUCUGCGGCCACGAGCCGCGGCCGCGCACGCAGAAGGCCUGUCGCGCCCGGGGGUGCCCCGCCUGGAAAGCCAACCGGUGGAGCGAGUGUUCCGUCACCUGCGACGCGGGGGCUCAGACCCGGCGGGUCUUCUGCCGGCUGAGGGGCGCCGGCCGCGUCGCGGAGGACCUGUGUGACGCCCGGCAGCGCCCGGCCGCCGUCCGAGCCUGUCGGGCUGCAGAGUGCACGCACUUCUCCUGGGUCCCGGGGGAGUGGAGCCGUUGCAAUGCAACGUGUGGAGACGGCAUGAGGAGCAGGAAGGUGGAGUGUUUGGGUCCGGAGCUGACGCCGGUCCAGGAGGAGCACUGCCGGGCGUCGGCCCGGCCUCCGUCGCUGCGGCCCUGCGCGGGGCCUCCCUGCCUCCACCAGUGGAUCACAGGGGAGUGGUCGCAGUGCUCCGCCAGCUGUGGCGUCGGCUUCCAGCGGCGCGUCGUCUCCUGCUCCGUGACGCCCACCCCCCGGGCCCCGGAUCGGAGCGCUGCCCAGUCCUCCCCCAGCGCCCAGUGCGGCGAGCCUCGACCUCCUCGCACCCGGCCCUGCCUCCUCAGGGACUGCUCGCAAGCCGCCUACUGGAAAGUCGGCCCGUGGAGCAAGUGCUCGCAGACCUGCGGGGCAGGAGUCAUGCAGCGCCGGGUCGACUGCGUGACCUCCAAAGGGCAGACGUCCAAGCACUGCGUCCCGGCGGAGCGGCCCGAGUCCCACGCCGCGUGUCAGGACAGAGAGUGCCAGAUGUUCACUUCCUGUGCAGAGAUCCAGCUGCGGCAGGGCGUGAGGAUCGACGGCGAGUACUAUCUGAAAGUGGGCUCCCGGACCCUGCAGAUCUACUGCGCCGGGAUGCAGACGGACUCCCCCAAAGAGUACGUGACGCUGCGCGGCGCCCAGACGGACAACUUCUCCGAGGUGUACGGCCACCGGCUGCUGAACCCCUUCGAGUGCCCCUACAACGGCAGCCGGAGGCAGGACUGCAACUGCAGGAACGACUACGCGGCGGCAGGAUACACGCUCUUCCAGAAAGUCCGCCUGGACCUGAGCUCCCUGAGGAUAAUGAUCACAGACCUUCACUUCUCCCGGACCCUCCUGGGCCGACCGGUGCCGUUCGCUACAGCAGGAGACUGUUACAGCGCAGCCAAGUGUCCACAGGGCCAGUUCAGCAUUAACUUGAUCGGCACCGGCCUCAAAGUGUCCGAGGCCACCAAGUGGACGCCUCAGGGCAACUACGUUUCCGUCAAGGUCCACAGAUCUGCGGACGGGACAAGAAUCUACGGCCGCUGCGGCGGCUUCUGUGGGACGUGCAUUCCGCAGGCGCACAGCGGCCUCCUGCUCCGGGUCCACUGAGGGCCGUGCACGGCGAGACGCGCGGCCGAGGACCAUCUAACAGCAGCCGCCCCGCAUUAACGCCCCCUCUUCCCCAAUGGCAGCUAAAACACAGAGCGCAGCGUCCAGGACGGUGCAGAACCGCCGCCGGCCGACUCGGACCCGGCCUCUUUGCUCGCCAGCAGUGUUGCAAUAGCUAUUAAACCCAUGUGCGGUUGGAAGGUCGCCGCUGUGCAAAGGGAGACACCAUUUAACACGGGGACAUCAGCUAUAGACGCUAACACACCCUUUACCUCGAGAAAAGAAGGCCUCAUCCUGAAAAGCAAGGUUUUUGUCUUAUUCUGUGAAAUGAAAAGUAUUCUGUUAAAAACCGGAAACUAAUCUCCUUAAUGUGUAUUAACUUCCACGGUGCAUGUACUGUAUAAUUGUAUUCUACUGGCCACAUUCAAAUGAAUGUAACAUACUUUACUUAUAAACGUGAGCUGGACGGAUUCAGCUCCAACGUGUUUUCCAGCCUUGUUGCUCUGUUUUGGAGGUGAGGAUUGAGACGUGUGCGAUUAGAGCAGCGACUCCUAUGGGUCCAGAUGUGCCUCAUGUCAGAUGGACAGUCAGGAGCUGCUCUGUCAGUGAUUUGAAGCAAAUACUGAACUACUGGAGCUGUGAGGAAAAGCCUGACUCACUUUAACCCUUAGUAGCUGUUUGGAUUCAGAACUGUGAUGUCGCGCCGUCCAUGGAGCCCACUGUAAACAUCUGCAACCCCUACCUCUCAUAACCCACUCAUACUAAGAUACUGUAUGUGUUGUCAUCUGUUUGUGUUUGACCGUAUUUAUUCUGUUCUGACUUGUAGAUAAGUCGUUUUGAAGCACAAUGACUGUGUCUGCCAUGUUGGCUUCGCUGCAGGAGGUGGUAGCGGUCUAACCACUAACCUUAAAUGAAGCCUCUCUUAAUGGUGCUGUUGAACUACUGGAUUUACCUCCGCGAGAAAGGAGACACAAUGCCUCUGCGAGCGAUACUCGUCUUAAGUGAGUGGGUUGAGCUCGUUAGCAGACGUAGCAUCUCCGUGUGGCGGUCCUUCGAGUAUCACCUAACUCCCCAUCAACCACUCUCACCAGGACCCCCUCUGACGCUAAGCUUUAACCAAAGUUACCACGUACGUGUAGAUUUCUUUUUUUUGCUUUUUAAUUAAAUAAUGGCUCAGUGAGCAGCUAGAAAACCUUUGACUGUCAUUCAUUUGAUGGCGGCCAAUUGUGUUAUGAGGUCUGUAUCAGAAAUGUAAAAAAUACUUGAUGCACUAUGUGCCAUACAUUAUGUAGAAAUGUAAUCCUUUGUUUUUGUAACAGCCGUAAACACAUGUAACUUAUAUAUAUAUAUAAAUGUGUGUGUGUGUUUUUAAUAUUGCUACUUGAAUCGUAAGCCGUGUGAUAAUUGAGCAUCGGUGCGUGUGCUUUUAUUAAGCCUUUAUCCAAAGAUCCUCUGAGAAUCAUCUGUACCUAACUGAGCGACUGACUGGUGCUGUGGUUUCUACCUGUGCCACUACUGUGUGUCCUGCUGCGUACGGCAUUAUCAUGUACUAACACCAUUGAAACAUUAAUAAACCACUGACAUGA